CUCUCCCCAGUCUUUCUUCUCCCCCUUCUACUUUUCCUUUUCUUUCUCACUAGUCUCUCAGCAUCUUCCAUUAUUUCAUAUUCUUCUUCUUCUUCUUCAAUCUAUCUGAAACAUAAGCGUUGGAAGUAGUGGAUUUUUUUUUUCUGAACUAAUGUUCAAUUUAUUGUUGUUGAUGUUUGAGAUUCAUGUCUCGAAUUCUGAGUGAACUUCUCUUUUCUGAGUGUAUGAUAAAUUCUUCCACAUUCAGACGCAGGACCCAGCUCGUUCAAUCUUUCUCAGUUGUUUUCCUCUACUGGUUGUAUUACGUUUCAUGAUUUUUAAUCCAGUCUGUGUUAGCUAGUCUAUAAUCUAUAAUAAUUUCAUCAUCUGCAUAACAUAUAUAUUUUUUUUUCAAUUUUCAUCGUCAGUUUAAGUAAUUUCUACUGUGUUUGUCUUUUGAACUAUCUGGGUCCUGCUAAGAUCUCUCUCUUAGUUAUCUCUUGUGAAGAAAGAUCAGAUUUUUAUGGGUUCCUCAAGCGGGGCAUCUUCAGGAGGUUCAGUGUUGCAGAGCUCGGGUUCCGAGGAGGACUUGAGGGCGUUGAUGGAUCAGAGGAAGAGGAAGAGAAUGAUUUCAAACAGGGAGUCAGCAAGGCGGUCAAGGCUGAGAAAACAGAAGCAUUUGGAUGAUUUAAUGGCGCAGGCGGCGCAUCUGAGGAAGGAGAAUCAUCAGAUCCUCACAAACAUCAACAUCUCCACUCAACAUUUCCUCAACAUCGAGGCUGAAAAUUUGGUGCUGAGAGCUCAGCUUGAUGAGCUCAGCCACAGAUUGCAGUAUUUGGAUGAAAUCAUCACCUUCUUGAGCACCACCUCUGCAAACAACACCACUGCCAUGUAUGGAGGAGCUUCAAGCUUCAUCACUGAGUCUCCUGUGACUGAUAAUUUCAUGAAUCCUAUAAAUUUUUCAAAUCUGAAUCAACCCAUCAUGGCUUCUGCUGACAUGUUUCAGUGCUAAGAUCAGUUAAAAUCUCUGCAUGAAGAUGAUUAGAGAGAGAUAAUUAAGUAGUGAUUAAGGAAUAAUUAAUGAAGUUUAAGUUUUUAUAGCUGGUUCUUGGUCUGUAAAUGGGAUUUUCUUCCAUGGAAUUCAAGACCUGCUUAAUGUAGUUGGUCUCUAGUUUCUAUAAAAAUAAUAUUUGUAAUAUUGCACA